UCAUUAUUCCAUAUUUAUAUAUUAUUAUCAUAAUUACAGUCAAUUUUCCAAAAAUAUAAUAAUAAUAAUUAUUAUUAUUAGUUGUGUUAUAAUGGUCACCUCAUCAUCCUAUAAAUCUCUCCUUAGUGUUACCCAAAAUUUAGAGUCUUUCAAUAUUCAAUAAACAAGUAACUAAAUCUAGAAAUACAAAUGUCUAACGCAAAAUUUUCAGUUGUUUUCCCCAUCAUCUUCCUUAUAAUGUUUGCUUUAGUCGAGGAUAAUAUGGGAUGUGAGGCGAGUCUUGGUGAUUGUCGUAUAUGCGGAAUAAAAUGCAGUUAUUACGGAAGACAUGCAGAGGCUCACUGUAUCGGUGGUAUUUGUGUUUGCGACUAUCCUUUUGAUGAUAGUAUGGGAUGUCAGGCAAGUCUUGGCGAUUGCCGCAUAUGUGCAGUCAAAUGCAGUGCUUAUGGAAAAGGUGCAGAGGCUCACUGUGAUUACCGCUAUGACGGUGGUGCUUGUAUUUGCGACUUUCCUUGUAAAGAAUAUAAGCCUCCUCCUGGUUCUCCACCAAAACUUUAAGAUGAAAAAUUAUUCAAAAUUAAUAAGAAGAAAUAAUACUUUGAAUCUCAUAAUCAUAGUUGCUGCAGUCUUUCAUAGUAUUGUAAAUAAUAAUUCUGUGAAACUUUGAUAUCAAUAAAAUUUAUAGAACACAAAACUAGUUGCAGUUAGAAUUCUAAAUUAGAAUUAGACCUAAACAUAAAUAGGAUUUAAAGUUUGAUGUAAAUCGAUGAAAUCAAAUUAAAACGAUAACCAACAACUAGAGUUGGACAUUCAAAAAAUCUUGGGGGUUCGUUUUAGAAUAUUUUUACACCAAUCACCUUCAACCGCUCUUCAACUGUCUGUGUAUAUCAUGUUACCAUUUAACUCUUUAUUUAAACACAUUUUAAAGUUCUAAACUUUUACCGUCGUGGGAUAAAAGUUCGACUCCAUAUUACACAUAAAUGUCGUUUAAUACCAAUAUGUUACCAAUUAUAUACUGAAAUUUAACCUGAAUAAAAUCCAAUUAGAAAUUAAACCACAAUUUCAACACAUACAUCCCCAAACUUAAUGGAGUUCCUAAACGUCUUGAUAUCUCUAUAAAAAUAAUUGAGAAGUCAUUUUCCUAUGUAUCGCGCUCACGUUA